AUGUCGUUUAAUUCGUCUGCAGCAUCUUCGUCUGCUACACCUCAGCUGCACAAGGGGGCCAAAGGAUCACCAAAAUCUGCACCGAGUAAACCAGGUUCAUCGUCAGCAGCUUACGUUGCAUCUAAACCAAUCAAGCCUCCAAGCAAUUAUAAGAAGAGGGAUCGUGCCAUGCAGCCCGAAGCUACAAGUUCGGCCAGCGGGUCGAGUCAGAACGAGAGCGUGCCACUUUUGGGAGAGCGUGUCGUCCCUCGAAGAAAACCUUUCUAUCGUGCCAGACCUUUGUGGCUUGUGCCCUUUGCGGUCAUGGCUUCGUUAACUCGCGGAAUGACGCUGGCUCCUCGUGUAGAAGUGUUCACUCAGCUAUCAUGCAACAAAGUCCGCAGCGAGCAAGCAAGUUAUAACCGAACACAUCAUCCAUCAUCCAUCAUAGUCUUUCCUCAGUCAAACGCAUGGCUUCAUCAUACCACCACUCUAGACCCACUUGGCCCCCACCUCCACCGCCCCAUUUUGCUUUCUGGACUUGCAGACAAUGACGACGACACACAAGACCCACGACAAAUCCCAUCUUCUCGUUGUAUCGAAGAUCCAGCUGUUCAAGCUGGCGCAGCGCGUCUCCAAAUGAUAAUGACGACGACAAUGGGCCUUCUCACGGCACUGACCACCGGUUGGUGGGGGCACUUUGGGGAACGACAUGGACGGACGACGGUAUUGGCCAUCGCGACAUUUGGUUUAUUCUUAACGGAUCUUAUAUUCAUCCUAGUCUCAACACCAUCGUCCCCUCUUUCUCAUCACGGACACAAGCUCCUCCUUCUCGCACCCUUCAUUGAAGGUCUCCUCGGUGGUUGGUCAACGCUCCAAUCAGCGACGUCUGCAUACCUCAGCGACUGCACGUCCAGCGGCUCUCGCGCGCACAUAUUCUCUCGCUUUGCUGGCGUCUUUUAUAUUGGCUUUAGUCUGGGCCCUAGUAUCGGUGCUUGGCUAAUACAGCAUCCUAUUCCCAUCCUAGCUAGCCCAGGGACGGAAGGACGCGCGGCAAAGACGGUGACAUCCGUGUUUUGGGUUGCUAUCGCUUGUUCCUUUAUCAACUUCGUUCUGGUACUUUUGGUGUUUCCGGAGUCCCUGGAUAAGGAGAAGAAGGACAAAGCGAUGAGGGAGUACGUGGCGAGGACGCGGGGAACAAGUAGAGGUAAAGCGAGGGCUUCUGAAGAGGGAAUCAGGGAUGAGAGGGAUGACGUGCAUGAAAGACCAGCACAGACAGGGAGUGUUAUAAGCAAAUUAUUGGAACCCCUUGCGGUAUUUUUGCCGGUGGUGGUCAUGGAUCCAACCAGUCCAGGAAGGAAGAGGCGUGAUUGGAGUUUGACGUUGCUUGCUGCGUCGUUGAUUGGGUACAUGCUUUCUACGGGAGUGUACCAGAUCAAAUAUCUGUAUGCUGAGCAUGUGUAUGGAUGGGGAACGGAGCAACUGAGCCACUAUAUUUCGUUUUUGGGAGGCGCGAGGGCCAUGUACUUGCUGCUCCUUCUACCCACUAUAAUCUCACUGUUCAAGCCAAAGCCUGUAGCUAAAAAGGGCAAUGCAAAGGCUGCCCAAGGAAAGAAACCAAAACCAACGCGUGCCCAACUUGGUCGAGAAAUCGCGUUUGAUCUGACUCUGACGCGAUGGUCACUGGUUAUCGAUAUUGUCGCCAACGCACUCAUUACGCUCGCUCCGGCACCUUCGUACCAUGUGCAUGACGCGUUUCGGCACCAUAAGGGAUUCAGCUUUACGAUGCCCCAGAUGAGCAAUGCGCAAAGUCAGGCGCUGUUUGUGUUGGCGUCAUCGAUGAACAGCUUGGGAAGUGGAUCUAUACCCGCUGUUCACAGUUUAGCGCUUUGUUUGAUGCAGGUGAGGGCAUUGGACACCGGAACGGCGGCUGUAGAGGCGGAGGAGGUGGUGGUGGAUAGCGAAACUGCUGUUGGAACUGGGUCACUUUUUGGAGCGUUUGCUGUAUUGCAAUCGGUUGGGCAAAUGAUUCUUGGGCCUAUGCUCUUCGGGCUGGUGUACAGCAACACUGUUGCUCGAUUUCCCAAGGCCAUCUUCUUUGUGGCUGCAGCCAUAUUGAUUUACGCGUUGGUGAUGGUGCUCCUCGUGAGGAACCCUGUUCGGCCAAGUAAGAAGGGCAAGCGAGUAAUUUGGACGCACUCAAGACGAAGAGAUGUUCAAGUUGAACGUGGACGAUCGCGUGUCAGCAAGGAUUUGCGGGGUGGGGGUGCGGGGUACUAUUACUCGACGAGCGAGGGAUCUCCUGGGUACUAUGGAAGCGUGAAUUCCAGCCCCAAUUGUUACCAGGGAUGA